GGGAAUUUCAAUUACCGGGACGAUCCCUAGCAUGUUCACCCCUAAUUUCGUUCGUCAAUCCACGGAAACGUCCAGAAAAUAGAGCAUAAAUAUAUGUCUGUGUACAUAGAAAAUGGUUGGAGUUAAAGUGAAGUGACCCCUUUGCAGUCCCCUAGCUUCUAGACACGCCAUUGCCGAGCAUGCAUCCAGGCGUUUUAUUUUGAAAACGCGAAAUAAUAAACGAAGACGAAAGAGUUGCAGUAAGAAGCUUUUAGCUAGAGCUUUGCACAGCUAUAUAUCUCCACUCAUCGGAAGAUUCAAACAAAAACUACAGUAAUAUGGAGAAAGAAAUUCUGGAUUACGUUUUAGUGCCACUAGGACUUCUACUAAUGCUGGCUUACCACCUAUGGCUUCUCGUCCAGAUCAGGAACCACCCCAAUCGCACCGUCAUCGGCGUCAAUGCAAUCAACCGCCGCCUAUGGGUCCGUGCUAUGAUGGAGGAUGUGUCGAAGAACGGGGUUUUGGCAGUUCAGACGUUGAGGAACAACAUAAUGGCGUCGACGCUUUUAGCAUCGACGGCGAUAAUGCUGAGCUCACUCAUCGCCGUCCUGAUGGCGGGCGGCGGCACCGGUGACCGUUCGAUCAGAUUUUUGCUCGGAGAUCGGAGCGAUUUCGCCUCGUGCGUCAAGUUCUUCUCGAUAUUGGUGUGUUUCCUGGUGGCGUUCCUGUUCAACGUCCAGUCCAUAAGGUACUACAGCCACGCCAGCUUCCUCGUCAACGUUCCUUUCCGGAAGAUAACGGAAGGGCCGGACGGGCAAUACCGUUUCGCGCUGACGACGGAGUAUGUGGGGAGGACCGUGAACAGAGGGAGCUAUUUUUGGUCGUUGGGGCUGAGAGCGUUUUACUUCUCCUUUCCCCUCUUUUUGUGGAUCUUUGGACCUAUUCCUAUGUUCGUUUCUUGUGUUUUCAUGGUUUUCAUGCUCUAUUUUCUGGACGUUACCGUGGAUUUCGGGCUGGCGGUUUCCACCGCCACCGCCGAUGAAGUGUCCUGCAGCGGGGAUUUAGUCUAGUAGUAUACGUCAACUAGAUUAAUUGGUUCAAUACAAGAUUCGAUACUUGGAUUUCUUUUGCAACCAAACCAAAGAUUUCCCAAGAAAUACUGGUACACCUUUAUUACAUUUAAUUUAAUUAAUACUACUGCGAUGUUUCCAAC